AUGAAACUCGAUAAAUCCGCGAAAUAUCGUGAAGUAAAAUUUCCAAAGUACGCUGAAAUUGUACAACUGAAGCUCGCUGAUGGCUCUUUACGUUCCGGACAAGUAUUGGAGGUCUCUGGUUCUAAAGCUGUGGUUCAAGUCUUUGAAGGCACAUCUGGCAUUGAUGCAAAAAACACUCACUGCGAAUUUACCGGUGACAUCCUGCGGACACCAGUGUCCGAGGACAUGUUGGGCCGUGUAUUUAACGGAUCGGGAAAACCGAUCGACAAAGGACCGCCGAUCUUGGCGGAAGACUAUUUGGAUAUUCAGGGACAGCCUAUUAAUCCGUGGUCCCGUAUUUAUCCAGAGGAAAUGAUUCAAACUGGAAUAUCAGCUAUCGACGUGAUGAACUCUAUCGCUCGCGGUCAGAAGAUUCCCAUUUUCUCCGCCGCUGGUUUGCCACAUAAUGAGAUUGCCGCGCAAAUCUGCCGUCAAGCGGGUCUUGUAAAGGUGCCUGGUAAAUCCGUUCUCGACUCGCACGAGGACAAUUUUGCCAUUGUGUUUGCGGCUAUGGGUGUCAACAUGGAGACUGCACGUUUCUUCAAGCAGGACUUUGAAGAGAACGGUUCUAUGGAAAACGUGUGCUUGUUUUUGAAUCUGGCCAAUGAUCCAACGAUCGAAAGAAUCAUCACGCCGCGUCUCGCCCUGACAGCGGCCGAAUUUCUGGCGUAUCAAUGCGAAAAACACGUGCUGGUUAUCCUCACGGACAUGUCCUCCUACGCCGAAGCGUUGCGCGAAGUAUCGGCCGCUCGUGAGGAAGUACCGGGUAGACGUGGUUUCCCCGGUUACAUGUACACUGAUCUAGCCACCAUCUACGAGCGUGCCGGCCGUGUGGAGGGUCGCAACGGCUCCAUCACGCAGAUUCCGAUUCUCACUAUGCCCAACGACGAUAUUACUCACCCGAUUCCUGAUCUCACUGGCUACAUCACCGAGGGUCAGAUCUACGUAGAUCGUCAGCUGCACAACAGGCAAAUCUAUCCGCCCGUGAACGUGCUACCGUCCUUGUCGCGUCUCAUGAAGUCCGCCAUCGGCGAAGGCAUGACGCGAAAGGAUCAUUCUGAUGUGUCUAAUCAACUGUAUGCUUGUUAUGCCAUUGGAAAAGAUGUCCAGGCGAUGAAAGCCGUCGUAGGAGAGGAGGCAUUGACGCCAGAUGAUCUAUUGUACUUGGAAUUCCUGUCAAAAUUCGAGAAGAACUUCAUUUCACAGGGUAGCUACGAAAACCGCACAGUCUUUGAAUCGUUAGAUAUCGGCUGGCAACUGCUGCGAAUCUUCCCCAAGGAGAUGCUCAAGCGAAUUCCGGCCAGCAUCCUUGCGGAAUUCUAUCCGAGGGAUUCCCGUCAUUAAUCGCCUUUUUAUUUAUGUGUCUCGCCUUACGCGUAAGCUUGUUUCACUUACUAAUUAAAUGGUGAAAAUCACACGUACAAGCUCGAUAUAUCUUUUCAUUGAUAUUAAUUGGAAUAUAAAUAUCUCUAUUCUCGCGUAUUUACAAAAACAGAUUGACGUAACGAGAUAAGAGAAUAAUUAAAGAGAAUAAUUUAGCGGCAUGUAUGUAAUAUGCAUCUAAAUGAAAAGAAAAAAGAUGGAAGAGUAUAACGCGUCUUGUUUAUGCGCUAUAAAUAUUAUCGUUACAAGCUUACAAGGAACGUACACGUUUUUUGAUGUUGUGCAAUGAGAGGUAAAGUAAAUAGCAAUGAUAUUAAUAUGUAAAGUAAAUUGAAAAUUAUAACAGAUUUAUUGCAGAAUCUGGCGUAUGCAAAUGUGCAAGUCGCAGAUUUGUAUGAGACUACGCAUGUUAUUCAUCAUGAAAAUAAUAAACACUGUGAAUAUAUAUUGUUUCAACAUUUGAUGCAUAUAUCUCUCUUCUUUAGAGCGACAGUGUUCACUCACACCAAACGACCAUUGUAAAGUGUAAUAUAUUAUUCAGUAUUAACAUAGACAAAAAGCAUAGAGAAAUACAUCUAUGAUCACGUUGUAUUUUUGCGUUCCCUACAUUCCAUUGCGAAAUUCACAUAUAUAAGAUUCUUUAUGCGUUUGAUGAACCAAUUGAAACGAGAGAGACGUUUAACACAAUAUGUACAGUUACUUCUAGAGAAUGUUUUGAGCGAAACAUUAUCAUGUAUUUUCUUGCAAAAGGCAAAAUGUACAUGUUAGAAAUAGAUAAUUAAAGAAGAAUUGUUGUUUGAA